GGAGGCAUUGUCACGUGUUGAAUUAUGUCAGUCGUGACAAGGACCUUAUCAAAAUGGCGGCCAAAGGGUUCUCGUUGCUUGCCAAAGUCAUGUCGGUCGCAAGUUGCCUCCCCUUACUGUCUCUCAUUCUUUCCACACUGAACCUCGUGCAAGUGUCCGGACUUUUAUGUUACUCCUGUUCACACGUGGCUCACCAAAGGGACUGUACCCGUAUUGUACAAUGCGGAUCUCACGAAAAAUGUUUCGGUCGGAGGUUCUUGACACCAGAUGGAUUGACUUAUUUCUCUUCAGGAUGUGAAUCUGUUGCUGGCUGCUCAGCGAGACGAUCAUUCAACAUUCCACACGACAGUCAGCACAAGAUGACGAGGCUGGGGAGUGGGGACAUCCAGGCGUGUGACCAAUGCUGUGAUGACAAAGAUUACUGUAACGUACAACUGUGUGACAUUCCUAUACAAUUAAAAGAACGGUGUCUUUUCUGUGAUGACGUCAUAAAUCCUGAAGACUGCAACCUUUCUCUUCAAUGUGACGAAGACCAGUACUGUUACACUGAACAUAUUUAUGUGAACCGCGAGAAGCGGUUUCGAAUGGGAUGCGCUCAUAGAACGGGGUGCAAGGUGGGGAUAACAUCCACACCAUCCCCUGGGCAGGUCGCUCCUGUGGUUGGACGGAGAGAGACGGGGGUGAGUUACCUAAACCGCUACAAGGAAGCCCUCCCUGGGGGAGACUACUGCGCCAAGUGUUGUACGGGGACCAACUGUAACAGGGACCUUUGUACAAGUAGACAAGUGGUGAACCAGUACGAGUUGACUGCCCCUCCUUCGUUGGUCCUGUGUCAGGACUAUGAGACAUCCUCGUGUAGGGACAGCCUGGCAAAGGACCCCACCUUCUGUGAUGACCCAGCCAACAAACGCCUCUUCUGUCCGCGCACCUGCAACACAUGCAGUGGAGGGGGUUUGCCACUACCAGUGGUGACAACUACACAACAGUCUGUUACGAACCCGGUGACUUCAAUGACCACAACUCCUCUAGCUAAUUGUACGGACGGAAUGAACUGCGCGCAGUAUGCCGACUUUUUCUGCAGUCCUACCAACCCGUCAGGAAUAGAUGUUUGUCCAAUCACCUGCAAAAACCCAAGAUGUGUGGCUUCUGCUUCAACAACCACAGCGGCGCCCCUUGAUUGUUCGGACCCUAUUCCCCGCUGCCAGUGUGAAUAUCUAGAGAAAAACCUACAGAUCUGUCAAGAUGGCGACCCGGAACUCCAGAAGUUCUGCUGCUUCUACUGCAGAGAAGUAAACAAUCCAGGAUGGAGCUGUAAUGACACUGACAAACUUUUUUGUGACAGCAAAGAGAACGACUUCUCUAACCAAAUACAAGGUCUUAACAUUACAUGCCACGCAAAUUAACAAAUAUGUUUUCAAUAAAAUCGUUAAACAUUA